AAUUAUUCAAAGCUGCACAGUUAGCAUUUUAGUAUAUCUGCUGCAGAUUUAGUGCUUGUAUAAUGAGGUAUAGGUGAUCAGCUGAACUGAGAGCCUGUGCCCAUCUGUCUGACCAAGGUCAGCUUCUUGAUUAGAUAUUGUCCAGUUUGCUGAAUAUAACUGGUUGCUUUUAAAUAAAGAAUAUCUUCAUUUGAACCAGAACUUGCACUUUUUCAACCUGACAAGUGUUUUGCCUCCACCUUUUCCCAAAGCAAAGAUGAUUCUCUGACAAAUUUUUUUUGUCUGCAGACAGAUGGUCUUCACAUCCAUUACUCCUUUGGUGGGAGUUGUUACAUAGUGCUGCAUUAAGUCAUACAAAAUUUGCAUUUUUCUCUUCUUGCUUGUCAUCUUGAGUUUGCAAAAAGAGAAUCCUGACCUUUGCCUAGUUGUACUAGUGCAUGAGCAGCUAAGCACUGGUGGGUGUCAGCAUCGGGGAGUUUUCUGAGGGAAGCAUGAGGGGCAAGGCCGGGCAGGAGGGCCAGCAAGCUCCCAGCUGCCUCCAGUAGCACCACAUCCACCACCAGCAACCGACUUGGCUGAGUUUUCCAUACGUCCCAGGAGCACAGAACUCCUCUCCCACCAGGCAGGAAUGCACGUGGCAUUAAAGCACUAGUAAGCACAAAGUGAGAUUUUUUUUUUUGUCUGGGAGCCUUGGCAUCUCCAGCCCUGGGGUCAAGCUUGUAGGGAUGCACAUAUUGGGAAGACAGGAUUCAGAUGACAGCGCUGACAAAUGCCAGUAUUUGUGCAGUUAGUGUUGCAGCGCACCUGCACCAGUUGGGGCAUAUGACUGGCAGUCUGAAAGUCCAACCCAGAGAGGCACUUUGGCCCAGUGGGCUGGGCUCACCUUCUCAUUCCCUGCUAGGAGGCUGGUAGUCUCGCAGCCUCCCAUCAUCUGUCCAGCAGCCCAUGUGGUGUGAACGUGCUGCCCAACAGCCAGCAGCAAUUUCACAGCCCCUCAUUCUUCUAAUGAUACACUCCUAGAUGAUGUCCUGCUGUGAACACACCUGCAAACUCUGUCUCUUGCAUUUGACCCAGAGACAGUCCAUCAAACCAGAGGACAACCCUCAGCUAAAUUAAACCAAACCGGGGAAUUUGGGAAACCACUGAGGGGAAGUCUGGAGUGGUUAACAAUUACUUCCUCAUAAGACAUGCCCAAGAGGAAGAGAGGUGCUUUUCAGUCAUGGAGCGCUCUUCUAAGCAUGAGGAGGAUCAUGCUUUCCUUCCUCUGCUUACUGAUGCACCUGCUUCAGGAUGAGAUAACUUCACUUUCACUUAUGGAAAACCAAGACCUGCAAGACUCGAUUAAGCCACAGAAGGUAGAGUUUCGUUCGUUAAACUUCAACAGCACUUUGCAUUGGCAGCCUGGGUGGGCCAGAGAGGCAAGAGACACACUCUACUUUGUGCAGUAUAAAGUUUAUGGGCAGACCACAUGGCAAAACAAACAUGACUGCUGGGGAAUUCAAAGCCAUGUCUGUGACCUAACACAUGAGACCUCUGACAUCCGGGAGCCUUACUAUGGAAGAGUGAAAGCUGCAUUGGCUGGUGUCUAUUCCAACUGGAGCCUCAGCUGCAGAUUCACUCCCUGGCGAGAAACUACAAUAGGACCUCCAAUAGUAACUGUGGUUCAUAGCAACAAAUCCAUUGUAGUAAAGCUCCAGCCUCCCCAUUCUCCAUAUAAAAGGAAGAAAGGCAGCAAGAUACCAAUGACAAAUUAUUAUGAUCUGGUGUAUCAAGUCUUCAUAAUUAACAACUUGCUAGAUGAGCAACACAGAGUCCUGGUGUAUGAAGGAAAAGACAAGGUUAUUAAAAUAAAAGAUUUGAGGCCUGGAGUCAGCUACUGCAUCGUGGCUAAAACCUAUGUGCCCAUACUGGACCGCAGCAGUGCCUACAGCAGCAGGCAAUGCACUGUGCUGCACUGACAGGGAUAAUGGCAGAAGAUGCUUUCCAUCACAGAUCCAGCUGUAAAUCAACAUCUGUUGUCUAUGUCUGGAAUACAUACUUGGACACUUUUUAAACUAACCUUUGCUGCAUUAAAUUAUUUGAUUCCUCGCAAUCAUUUUAUGCUACAUGAAGGUCAAGGAUUGUUUGUAUGUCCUAUAUUACAAUUUAUGAUGGUAUAUAUUUGCAUUUUCAAAGGAAACAGUCUUGUAAUAUAAAAGAAAAAAACAUGCA